AAAAUUGAUGCAAACAAUAGAUCAUUUGUAUUGGACCCCGUGUGCGGCACAUUGCAUUGACUUGAUAUUAGAAGAUUUUGAGAAGAUUUUGAAUGUGCAUAAAGUCACUAUAAAGAAGGGAAGAAAUAUCACCACCUACAUAUAUUCCAGGACUAUGCUUAUUACUUUGUUGAGGAAAGAGACUUCUGGGAGGGACUUGAUUAGGCCUGGUGCGACUCGCUUUGCCACAGCAUAUUUGUCUCUAUCUUGUCUUAGUGAACUCGAAACACCACUGAGGGCCAUGUUUGAUUCAGAAGAUUGGAGGUCAACUAAGUUUGCUGCUUCAACAGAGGGGAAAAAGGUGCAAAGAAUAGUAAAGGAUUCUCAAUUUUGGAAGAACAUAGUGAUAUGUCUCAAGGCUGCUGGUCCUAUGAUAGAAGUCCUUCGCUUGGUGGAUUCAGAUGAAAAACCCGCCAUGGGUUUCAUAUAUGAUGCAAUUGAUACCGCUAAAGAGAAGAUAAGAACAAACUUCAAGGAUGUCAAGAAAAGAUAUGAGUCUGUAUGGAAAAUCAUUGAUGAGAGGUGGGAUAAACAACUUCAUAGGCCCUUACAUGCAGCUGGAUAUUAUCUUAAUCCCUACUUCCAUUGGGAUUCUAAUUUCAAAAAGGAAGAUGUUGAGGUCAAAGAAGGGCUAUACAGUUGCAUGAUAAAGAUGGUACCCAAUGCCGUGGAGAGGAAAAAGAUUCAUGCCCAACUUAUUGUGUUUCAUAAUAGAAAAGGCAUGUUUGGACUAGAAGAUGCACAAAGUGUUAGGAAGACUGUGACUCCAGCAAAAUGGUGGGAGGCUUAUGGAGAUCAUUGUCCCGAACUAAGGAAUUUUGCCAUUCGGGUUCUAAGCUUGACUUGUAGUUCUUCCGGGUGUGAGCGUAAUUGGAGCGCAUUUGAAAUGGUGCAUACAAAGAAAAGGAAUAAAUUGCACCAAAAGAAGAUGAAUGAUUUGGUUUAUGUCAUGUACAACUUGAAGUUGAAGAAUAAACCAAAAAAGAGAAAUGUUUUUGCCUCUUGUUCAUUUGAGGAAGUUGCUUCAGAUGAUGAGUGGAUAACUGAGGAAGGAGAAGAUGUUAAUGUCAAUGAACUGAAUGAAGAAGUUGGACUUGAACAUCUUAAUGAUAAUGAUGUUAAUGUUGAUUUGGAUGAAGUUGAAGGAAGUAUUAGUACUCAUACUAAUGCAAGUGGAAUUAGACAAGACUUUUCAUCUGAUUCUGAUGAAGGUGAUGCCGAUGGCAAUGAUGAUGGAGGAGAAUCUGAAGAUGAUGAUGGUGAUGAUCAUGGAAUGGAAGAAUGACUUUUCAUCUGACUUUUAUGUACUUUGUUUUAAUGCUUUUGUUGUGGUACUUUGAGUAUGUACUUUAUUUUGGUACUUAACUACUUAGCUUAUGGUGUGGUACUUUGUUAAACUUUGCUUAAUUGCUUUAUUAUGAAGUUGGAUUUUGAGUUUAUUUGAUUAAAUGCAUCUUGGAUGCUCUUAAUCCUCUUAUAAUUAGAUUAUACGUUUGUAUUUAUUUUUCAUAUGACAGGGUUAUACUUAGUAAAUUUUCAUUUCUGGUAGACUCGAGUCUCGUCGAGUCUACGAGU